AAUAAAUAAAUAAAGGGAAGUACACAAUUAUUUUUGUAUGAACUCGAUGAUUUGGUGAAUGUUGAUAAACACUAGACUUUGGCCUUUACCUACUCUUAUAUUCUCUUUUUAUAUUUCCCCUCAAUGACUGUCCUUUCCACCACAAGUGAUAUUACACACCACAAGUGAUCGUUAACCGAACGUAAGCUUAGCCCCGUAACGUUCUUCCCCGAGAGUUGCUGAACCUAGUCGCGGCGACGACGACGAUGCCUCCUAAGAUGUUUGAAAUGUGGGCUACGAUGGGGUCGACCAUCGCGAGCCUCAUGUUCAUGUGGGCGAUCGUGAGGCAGUAUUGCCCCUACGAGGUCCGGCGCUACUUGGAGAAGUACACCCACCAGCUCAUGAGCUUCUUCUACCCGUACGUAAAGAUCUCGAUCCACGAGUUCACAGGGGACCGGCUCAAGAGGAGCGAGGCCUACGCUGCGGUCGAGGCCUACCUGAGCGUGAACUCCUCCAAGACCGCGAAGAGGCUGAAAGCCGAGAUGGGGAAGGACAGCACCAAUCUCGUGCUGAGCAUGGAUGAGUACGAGAGAGUCACUGAUGAGUUCAAGGGAGCGAAGGUCUGGUGGGUCUCGAGCAAGAUCGUGUCCCCUUCGAGGCCCAUGUCGUACUAUCCCGAGCAGGAGAAGCGCUACUACCGGCUCAGCUUUCAUAAGCGGUAUCGAGAGAUCAUCACCGAGGCUUAUCUCGAGCACGUGAUUCGGGAAGGGAAGGAAAUCCUGUCCCGGAACAGGCAAAGGAAGCUUUACACUAACUCCCCGGGGUACAAGUGGUUGAGCUACAAGCAGACUAUGUGGAGUCACAUUGUGUUCGAGCACCCGGCUACGUUUGAUACCAUGGCCCUGGAGACCGAAAAGAAGAAGGAGAUCGUCGAGGAUUUGGUGACGUUCAGCGAGAGCAAGGAUUUCUACACGAGGAUCGGAAAAGCUUGGAAGAGGGGCUACCUCCUCUAUGGGCCACCAGGAACGGGAAAGUCCACGAUGAUCGCCGCAAUGGCGAAUUUCUUGAAUUAUGAUGUGUAUGAUCUUGAACUGACUGCGGUGAAGGACAAUACAGAGCUAAGGAAGCUCCUGAUCGAGACCACGAGCAAGUCGAUCAUCGUGAUAGAGGACAUAGACUGCUCUCUUGAUCUCACUGGGCAGAGGAAAAAGAAGGCAGAGAAGCCAUAUCCCGGGGAGGAUGAGGCCGAGAAGGCAAAGGCGGUGGAAGUCCCAAAGAGAGAGCCCUACGAGGAGGGCGCUGCCACGAGCAAGGUGACACUCUCAGGGCUUCUCAACUUCAUUGACGGGCUGUGGUCGGCCUGUGGAGGGGAGAGGCUGAUCGUGUUCACGACAAACUAUGUCGAGAAACUGGACCCUGCGCUCAUAAGGCGAGGUCGCAUGGACAAGCACAUAGAGCUCUCCUACUGCAGCUUUGAGGGAUUCAGAGUUCUCGCGAAGAAUUACCUCAAUCUCAAGACACACGAGAUGUUCGAGAGGGUUGAGGAUCUGAUCAGUAAAGUGAAGAUCACACCGGCCGAUGUGGCGGAGAAUCUCAUGCCCAAGUCCCCCACAGAUGAUCCCGAGAAAUGCCUCUCGAGGUUGAUUCAAGCUCUCGAGGAGAUGAAGAGAACAGAUGAAACGAAGGAAGAAUCUGCCAAGGAAGAAAUUAUUCAGUCGUGAGGUUUUAACAAUUCGAUGCGGAGAUAUGACUAUUAUUAGCUCGUAUACGAUCCACAGGUAACUGAUUUCUCCUGCCUCAAGUGCCACUAUGAUUCAUUUCGAUAGCAUAUAUUGGAUCCGGCAGAAUUAACCUUGAUUGUUGUAUUUAUUUCGGAAAAGAAGAUGUUAUUCAUGUCUUGUUUGAACAGAGUUGGAUUGGGCAGAGUUGCCUUCUGAUGAUCAGGAUAUGAAGAAAUAUACACCUAAUAAACCUGGAAAGCUAGGAUUUACCGGAGUUAAA